CUUGUCGCUUCGAUUUUCUCUUUCGCAGCGGAUGAAAUCACGUCGAGAUUUAUCAACGUCAUCCAAGCAAAAAGAAAAACAUAAGAAAGUACAUUCGUCCUGUAGUUGUAGAACUUAACAGUAAGCAUUCGCUUUGAUAAACCCGAACCUUGUUACUACAACGACGUAUCUUAUUUUGUCCUAUUUCGACGAUUUAUCAGCCAUUACUGACAAAAAUGUCCGGCUUCGAGGAGUGGAAAGCGGGCUACAUCGCCGAAGGUGUGCAGAGCAAGGGUGUCGGCGUGUGCUGGGACUACCUAGAGAUGGAAGGUGGUUGCGAUCCGAUGUUAGGUAUGUGCACCUUCAAACACCCCUACAUGACCGUUACGGCCAUGAACAGCGACGAUAAUUCCAAGGCCGAUACGAAGAUCACGAUGUCCCACGAUGUACCGGAGUGGCGUACGAAGAUCCUCGCGAAUAAACAGUUCAAGAUGAAUCCCAGAGAUCUCGAGGAAGAACAAGCCGAGGAUGAAACAGAGGAGCCUCCUGAGGACGAAGAGUGUAGCUUUGGAAAACACAAAGGCAAGCUGUUCUCCGAGAUCGUGAAAUCCGAACACGAUUACGUCGAUUUCUGCCGGGAAAACGUGUCGGGCAGCAACAAUGCCAUGGGUCGCCUGGUCGCCUUCGCGGACGCCAACCGCGGCUUGGAGAUGUGCACUUUCGGAAAGCACAAGGGCACUUCGUUCGAGCAAAUUUUGAAAACCGCACCGAGCUACAUUGACUGGUGCAAGAAUAAGUGCGAGAACCCAACCAAGGGCAUGCAGCGACUCAUCGCAUACGCAGACGCGGAGGCAGCUGCCAUGCCAGUAGGGAGUUCUGGCAGCGGUGGUGCUGCUCGUGGGCUUGUUUUCUACAGUAAUCUGAAACCCGCCGAGGCAAAAGAAAAACUGAUCGACAUAUUCAACGGGCGGCGGGACUUCUUUGACCCCCAGAUUGCGCGCAUGCUGGACGCAAUAGGCCAGAACACCGCCGGUCCUUUCCAUUUCGGCGGGACUAGUGGAGGCGCGCCGUCGCGUGCUCGACCAUAUUGAUCAUGAUCUCUUACUUGUUGCAGAUGAAAUACCCGCUUGGCAAGGAACGAUAGACAGAAUGAAACAAGUGAACGCUGCAUCAACGUGAACGUGCUGGAAAAGCUAACGCUAUACCUAAAGGAAGCUGACCCUGAGCCUGACGUCAUCAUCUACAUUACACGGCAUUGUCGAUACAACUAGAAAAGCGCCUGUCAUGAAGAUUUCUACACACAAGCACCUCCAUAUCCAUUUCGGGAUGAAGUCAGCGUUAUUAUAUCAAUUAUCGAAGUUCCACAUUGACGUUAACCUAGCACAUAAAUCUCCCGUUUCACACUGAAUGCGUAGGCGUAAACCUAUGGAUGAAUUACUGUCGCUGUCCCCACAAAAAAAUAAAAGCGAUCUAUGUAGACCGGUCCUGUACAAUGAAUCUGAA